UAAAAGGAAGAGUAUUAAACGGAUGGAUUUAACGCUUAUUAAAAGGAGAUGUGAUUAAUUAAUUUGUGCUACUUUGAUAAAAAAAAUUAAAACAUUUUAGACCAAGUAAAAUUAAUGCAAUACUUAUUUUAUUGUUAACAUCGCUGGACUGUUAUAGCCGUAUUUUAAGUCGAACAGGGCGUGGCACGGGGAAUGUAGGACACUCAACUUAUCGUUAUAAAUAGUGAGAAUUUACUCAGUAUUAAAAGACACAAGGAAAAGACAAUAUGGCAAAAGAGGACUCUGGUAUGGACAGUGCUGUGUUCAUAAUGGACGAAUCAUUUACUGGUCCCCAUCGCGUACAGAACGGCGGUCAUGUGGACGUCAACACACCACAGAAAGAUGUAAUGCCAAUACCGCAUCAACCGAUGACGCCGAAACAUGAAAAUACCGCUUUUGACAGUCAUCUCCAUGAGAAACACGGACAUUUCCAUCACAGCCUUCACCACAUGCAUGAGACGCAACAAAGUAUGGUGGACUCCAUGGAAACGGUGACAUUAUCGUGGCAGAACGUAAACGUCCACGUCAACCCCCAAAACCGCGCGUGCUGCCGGGGCCCCGACCCCAGCGUGACCCCUAAGCACGUUCUCCGUGACGUGUAUGGCAUAGUGAAGCCUGGAACUCUCGUGGCCAUUAUGGGCGCCAGUGGCUCAGGAAAAACAACUCUACUGAAUACGAUAACGCAACGUAUAAAUACUCAGUCGUUGACGGCUUCCGGUGAUGUCAGAGUGAACGGCGUUGACGUCGGUUCCGGUAUUCGGAACAUCUCGGCUUACGUCCAACAAGAUGAUCUAUUUAUAGCCACAAUGACAGUGAAAGAACACUUGACAUUUAGGGCGCUGUUACGGAUGGAGAAGGAGGUAUCGCGGUCGCGCCGAAUGGAGCGUGUACAGGAAGUCAUGCAGGAGCUUGGAUUGACAAAAUGUCAGGACAACAUUAUUGGCGAUCCCGGGCGCAUUAAGGGGAUUUCCGGUGGGGAGAUGCGCCGCCUGUCGUUUGCUUCAGAGUUUCUAACCAACCCGCCCCUCUUGUUUUGUGACGAGCCUACUUCCGGUCUGGAUUCUUUCAUGGCGGAAAAUAUUGUGCAGACGCUGAAGGGCAUGGCGGAAAAGGGCAAGACCAUUGUCUGCACAAUUCAUCAACCCUCAUCUGAAGUGUUUGCGCUGUUUGACCACUUGUUGCUAAUGGCUGAAGGCAGAGUAGCAUUCAUGGGAGAAAUGAAUCAUGCAUUAGAGGUCUUCAAACGGUCCGGGUUCCCUUGUCCCGUGAACUUCAACCCCGCAGAUUUCUACAUUCACACGAUGGCGGUCAUGCCGGGCAAGGAAACAGAAUGUAAAGCACAAAUCGAGUCCAUAUGCGACAAGUUCCAGUCCUCAGACGAAAGCAAAGCUAUGCUUACUGAGAUCAAGCGUAUAGGCGAAAACCCCAAGGAAACUGGAAUCAUCUAUGAUGAAGCGUUUUCUAACACGUCUCGAUAUGAAGCCAGCAUUUUUACCCAGUUUCGCGCAGUUUUUGCACGCUCCUGGAAGACAAUGAUCAGGGAACCCAUGGUGAUGCGAGUCAGAGUCAUUCAGACGGUUGUGUUGGCGCUGCUGCUAGGCCUGAUCUAUCUGCAGGUAGACAAUGAUCAGGAAGGCGUUAUGAACGUCAACGGAGUUCUCUUUCUGGUGCUAACCAACAUGACUUUCACUAGCGUUUUCGGCGUUCUCAAUUCCUUUCCUAUUGAGACACCGAUUUUCCUCAGGGAGUACGGUAACGGACUGUAUCGGGUUGACGUUUACUUUUUCUGCAAAAGUAUCUCGGAGUUGCCGUCAUUUGUCAUUAUACCGUUGGUGUUUUGUGCUAUCACAUACUGGAUGGUUGGUCUUUAUGCGUCGUUCGAGGCAUUCUGUGUGUUUACGGGAGUUCUUCUCUUGGUAUCCAAUAUUGCUGUGUCGUUCGGCUACAUUGUGUCAGCGGCGGCCAACUCUGUAAGCACGGCUUUGGCGAUAGGCCCGCCUCUUAUGAUUCCUCUGCUCAUGUUCGGAGGUUUCUUCCUGAACUCCGAUUCCAUCCCGGUCUAUUUCAUAUGGUUAGAGUACUUGUCCUGGUUUAAAUACGCCAACGAGCUUCUAGCUGUGAACCAUUGGAAGAACAUCGACAGUAUUGAAUGUUCGAGCAGUUCGUCACAAUGCCUGUACAGUGACGGUGAUUCGGUCCUGAACUAUCUCAACUUUGACAAGGACAAAGUCUGGCUGGAUUUAGGCCUUCUAUUUGCCAUGCUGGUGGCUUACAGAAUCGUCGCUUUCAUCAUUUUGUUUGUUAAAGCCCGUCGAUCUAAAGGCUAGUUCACCUCAACCCGUUUAUGGGGUCGAGUGUUGAGGCUUUUAAGUCCCGUCUUCAGUUUGACCCAAGUCCCUAGCAACAAGCUCUCUCACAACAACUACGACUGGUCUACCCAACCUCCAAACCCUGACCCCUCAAGAGCUGACAAAGUCUAAAGGGCACGUGUGAGCAAAGACAGAAUUUGAUUGGUCGAGGGAUGUUGACCGAGAUAGAAAUCUCACAAUUGUAUUGAAUACAUCAAAUAGUAUUUUUUAAAUGCAUCGUAAACCUUUUUUAUGUCAAAUGAUCAUUUAAGUUAUUAUAAAAUUAUAUUCUUAUGAUAUGUAUGUUAUACCUGUUUCAUUAAUUUUCAUCAAUUUUUGAACUUAAAUAUAAAAAUAUGCGAUCUAAUUUUUGUCAGCACUCUUAUAUAACUGGUUUCCAUACAUUUUCGGAAAAGCUGUCUCGUUCCAAGACAAAAAAUUAAAAAAAAGUUGUCAAAACGUUCAAUCUGUGAGAGUGCAGCUUUAAAGUUCCAGAGUAAUAAAAAGUUGAAAGGUAACAACGAUUUCAUUAACAACGUUGCCGUUCACAACGUUUUACUGUAACAACGAUCUGAACAAUCUACCCAAUAUGCCAAUCAUAUAAUGGAUGUAACAGGGACAUUCCCU